GACUGACCUUUCUUAUAAAUGAAGCGAUUCUUAACUACAGCAUCAUAUAGCAAUAUACGUUACAACGUUGUUGCAGUAAGUGUUUGCACAGCUAUGAAGAUUUGGAUUGCACUUCUUCUUGCGACUUUCGCAGUGGGUGCAUCAGCUCAAUGCACAUGUGAGAGUUUUAAAUGGGCUACAUGUGAUGGCACCCCUUGCCAGUGUGGCGUUAUGGUGGGAACUGGUGAGAAGCAAAACCUCAACUGCUCUAAAUUGAUCCCCAAAUGCUUCCUGAUGAAGGCAGAGAUGUACCGUGCUAGGAAUGGCCUGUCCACUCGUACUGGAGGAAAGCCAGUCAAGACCGCCUUUGUGGACAACGAUGGCAUCUACGAUCCAGACUGUGAGACCACUGGUGCCUUCCGGGCUAAGCAGUGCAAUAACACUAAGGAGUGUUGGUGUGUCAACAGUGCUGGCGUGCGCAGAACUGACAAGGGAGACGAGAGCCUUCGGUGUGAGAAGUUGGUGGAGACAUAUUGGGUUCGCCUGGAGCUCAAGCACAAGCCAGUGAACAACGCUGUGGAUGCUGCUAAAUUGCAGGCUGCCAUAGCAACUGCCAUCCAGAACCGUUACAGCUUUGACAAGACCCUUGUGAAGGAGGUGGAGUACGACCCUGAGGCUCGCCUGAUCGUCGUCGAUGUCCAGAAGGAGAGGGGAGACCGCAAGGCCGACCUGUCUCGUAUGGCUUACUACAUGGAGAAAGAUGUUAAGGUGCUGCCCCUGUUCAAUGACCAGGCUAAGUUUGAGCCCAGUGUGGAUGGUCAGAAGCUGGAGAUGGAGGACAUCUUGGUGUAUUAUGUAGACGAGGAGGCCCCCACUUUCACCAUGAAAAGGCUGACUGGGGGAGUCAUCGCCGUCAUCGUGGUGGUUAUACUGGCCGUGGCCGCCGGACUGCUAGUCCUCUACCUUAAGAGGAGGCGAGAGCGGGGGUACAGCAAAGCAGAGCCCAGAGAGAUGGAGGCCAUGUAGACAAAUAUUAACCAGAGCUGGUUCUAUGCUGAAAUAGUAACACCUUGUAUAGUGCCUUUACAACAUUCUGUGUUUAAUAUUAUUACUUGAGGGAUGCUGUUUUGGUCAAAUCUAUUUAGCACUAUUACUACGGCCCAACAUUUUUAUUUAUGAGCUGUUGAUUUAAAUGCAUUACCUUUAGAUUUAAAUGAAGAUGUUUGAAUGCUGUAGCUCCCGCAAAUUUGACUCUGGACAUCGAUGCCAGUUCCACUUUAAUAUGUUUAUUUUUUUUAAUGUUCCACUAUUCAGGGAUUUUUUAGACCUGGGGCACCAGGUGGGUGCAAUUUAGGUAUCAGGUAGAACAGAACCAGCAGGCUCCAGACCUUGUAGGCAGGUUGAAUACCCCUGCUGAAGAUUGUACUGUUUCAUAUGAACUUUGUGUUUUUGAUAGAUUUUUUACUUUUUUUUUUUAAUAAAGUAUGAAUUUUAAAAUGUA